AAACACGAAUUUGGGAAUUUGGGACUAGUGCAGUAGUGCCUUCUUCGCAGGGAUGCCCUAAUAAGCCUGCGAAUAAGCUAGCGCUCCCGUAAACAUCUCGUCUCCCUCCAGAUCUGCUUCUCCAGCCUCUUCUUUUCCAUAUCCCAGGCUCUUCUUCCAAAUAUCCGGCGGCAAAAGUGGCGAUGUCGGCGGCGGCAUGGCGGUGGGUUUGGCAACAGCCGGCGUCUCUUUCAGAUCUAUGGCGCCUUACUCGGAUGGCCGGCACCUCCUCCUCUCGAUGUCCGUCGGCAUCGGCAGGGUGGUGGCCUCGGCCGGCAGCAUGGAAAGAUCGGAGUUUUACCAUGCCCGAGCCAGCCAGAUUCUACUAUUCAGCGGCGAGUCGUGUUGGCCACUUGGGCACAGCUAACCAGCGGCCGGCGUAUCUUUCAGAUCCAGGGCGCACUCCUCUGUUCUCCGGACAUCCGUCGGCACAGGCGAUGGCAGAGGUUGCGGCAUGGAGGCGGCCGACGUCUCCAACCUUUUCGUCCUCUCGAGGUCAGGCGUCUGGUUUUAUUGAUAGAAUGCCCUCUCCUUCCAAUCCCCAGCACCUCCUUCAGUUCUUCGGCGCCUCACCCCGAUCUCUGUCCGAGUCAGCAGGAUGGCGGCGGCGGCAGACAGCAUGGAAAGGUCGGAUCUUUGCCCUGCGCAAGCCAGCCAGAUUAUUCCUUUCAGAUCUGGGUCAGGCUCGCCAGUUUAGCACAGCAAAACAGCAGCAACGGCAGACCACGAAGCCACAUCUGUACCUGGUACUUGAUGACUACAAGGAAGGAUUCACCAUUCACAAGAUGGACAUAGACAUUGACCUGAACGUCGACUGCGGCUCUGCAGAGACUCCGGGGUGCCUCCCCGAGCCACCUGUCCUCCGCAUACACUAUCCAUCAGAUGUAAACUUUGCACAGAUUUCCGCCCUUGGCAGCCACAUCAUCGCCAUAUGUCCCUCUGCCCGAUUGGUAGAAAGCGGCACCGGUGCUACUAUCACCUUUGACACCAAGACAGCCCUGUUUAGUUUAUCCCGUAUUUUACCGAGAGAGUUACUAUUUGGCUAUGAAGCAGCCAUAGCCGUCAGGAACAGACUAUAUGUGUUUGAAUCAUCUACGGACCUUAACGACGGUGCAAACGGUGUAUAUUUCGGUGGAGGUUUACACUGUCUAGCUGCUGAUCCAAAUGAUGAUGAGAGAUGCAAUGUUGCCAUGGUGGCGAAUUGGUUUAACGUGGGAUGCACCUCAUUGUGCCACACUUUCAUUUGUCGAAACAAUGCUUGGCAGGUUGUGGUUGUCUUCGUCAGUGAUCUUCUUUGGUCAAAGUGUAUUUUACUUCUCUCGGUUGUCUUGGUCCGCGUUUUGCAGUGGAUUCAAUAUUGGUGUGUGCGUAGGAUGGAAUUAUAAGGACUGCUGGGUCAAUUUUGGAACUAUCAGAUAAUGUGGAUCUGUCGAGGAAAUCUUGUGGAUCAUCAAAAGCAGAUAAGCUCCAAGGUGGUGGGAUAGGGGGGCAGGGCUGUUGGAAAUGAACCUACCUGAUUUACUUCCUGAUCCCAGACCACACCAACUUCGUGCAGUAAAUUGGAUGAUUCAAUGUGACAAGGGAAUACUGUUUCGUUACCCAACGCAGGAGAUGUUCAUUCUGCACCCUAUUGUGUUCCUGUGGAUUUUGUUGGCACAAAGUCCAGGAUGUUCUAAAACCCUUUCAGAGGUGAUGAUGGCGAACUAACACUUGGUGUAAGGAGAGCUAUUCAGCUUAAAAACGAGUCCCUGUUCAAAUCUUUCGGUAGCAACAUCUCAAAGAUGCGCUAAUUCCUUGAAACAUAGAAGUCUUUCCCUUCUGAGAGAGGUAAAAUCAAGAUUCUUAGCACCUCAAUAAUGUCCUACAUACUCCGUACUACUUAUGCCUCUGGAUGUGUUUCUGCUCGUUUUGCCAUCACGGAACAGAAGAUUAUGAAGGCUAGGCACCGGAUCUGCAUAUUUCGAAUUAUCAAGGGUAUCAAAGCUUCGAGCAAAGCCACAGAAGAUGAUACUGCAUCUGCAUAAUUCGUAUUAAAAAAAUUGAACUCAGAACCAGUGACAUGUAAAUCACGAGACACCCAGUGAGUUGUUAAACUACAUGCUAUAUCUCCUGUAUCUAUCUGGCCAUGGUUGUAACCUCUUCUGUUUAAACUAGAACUAGAGAUAGAAUCAGGUUAGAUCUUUCUUGCAGAUCAAGUCUUGUAAUCCUAAUCUUGUACGAUGGCCUACCCAAGGCGGUAACUAGCAUCUAUAAAUAAACUCCCGCGGCUCCCAUAGGGAGUAGGAACGCUUAAUAGCUUUACAUGAGUAUCUUGUUAUUCGAAGAUAAACAUACCCGUAUGCCAUUAAGCAGUUGCCAGAGCGUCUGGUCCGUGCGAGCGCCGGCUUCAAUCAGGCAGCCCAAGCGAUUGAGACGGGGAAGGGAGGCUGCUACCCUGGAGCCCCAUGACGGAGCUGCCCUCACUGCAGCCCGGAACGGCGGAUCAGGAGUUGGUGGCAGCGUCGGUGGGUUAGGGGCUUGCUUGUGGACGCAGACGUCCUGGGGCGCGCGCGGUCAGGAGAUGAUCGCGGCAUGGGGGAUUCAGGAGAUGGUGGUGGCCAGCGAGAUGGCACGGGGGGUUCGGUAGGGGGAGAGGAGGCGGCGACCGUUCGUCUCAGAUUUGGAUUCAGAUGUGAGCAACCCGCCGAAGAGGACAGUGCGAGCGUGAAGGAGACGGCGGCGGGGCGCAGCAAGGGCGCGUCAGCAGCCGCGUUAGUCUGCUGCGGCAGCGAGGGCACGGCGGCGGCAGGAGAAGUGACUUGUGCGGGUGGGAGGAAGAGGCGGAUCGGGGCAAGGUGCAGAGGGACCGAUUGAGAUCGGAGGGCGCGGCGUGCGAGGAGGAGAGUGGAUAUGGUCGGGUCGGACCGGUCGGGCCGCGUGGGACGAGAUAGCCAGGAGGCCCAGGACGUACGGCGCCCGCGGCAAUCACCACCAACUCCAAUUUAAUAAAUAGAUAAUAGAUAUGUUAGCGUAAACAUCGUAGACUCCCAUGCAUAAAUGCAUAUUAUUAUUUGCUUUGCAUAUUUGUUGUCUUACUCAGCUGAUCUUUGUUUUCUGGAAUAUAUUUUGUCCAUUGUUCUGGAUUUGGAAUUGUUCCUAUCAAUAUCCUUGAGUAGUUCAGGUUAAUGUAACCUUUUUACUUUGCAGUGCUAUUUAGUUGCUUGAUAAUGCUCGCUUCAUGAUUAUCAUCAUGGUCUGCUACUGUAUUUUCCCUCUUAUUUCUGUAUGUUAAACUGUGUUCAUCUGCUUGAAAAUGGAGUAGCAGAAGUAAGUCCUUUCCUAUCAUGAUUUUGUUUUCAGGUUUGAAUCAUCAUUAAUUUAGUGAUACAAAACCAAAUUAUGUAUUUUUAACAACAUGAAUAUCAGGUUGUGCGUGCCCAUCAUCUUCAUGUCAAACAGUCGAAGCAACAAAGCAAUUUAUUUAGCAAAUAUGGGGCUUGUAGUUAUUGUGGUAUUUCUUUGUUUUUCUCCUGUAUAGCUGCAAUUAUCAUUCUGAUAUCUCCCUCGAUCAUGAUUUUGCUUUGCAGGUUUAAUAAAGUUUUGACUGAUUCAAAUCAAACCAUAUUUGGAUAGUGGGAGACUGUACAAACAUAAGCUAUAUGAGAAUCAGAAUAGUAAGAUGUCUUCCUAUGACCCUCGUCCGAGAUCCUUUCGAUGAGUUCAGAAAGCACACGUCUAUUCAGUACCAAUGGUACGGUAAUUGGAGGUUCAGGCGGUUCAGGCCUAGGAUAAGAGCUAAAGGUUUGUUGAGGGGUAGCUAUGGUUUCAGCUUCACUGGAACAGCUGGUAGGGACAUUUGUUGUGGUGUUCUAGGAAAAUGAAUCUUUGUGAUUUCAAUCUUCCUGUAAAAUAGUUGGCCACUGUAUAGAAGGCAAAAUUGAUCAGUAUUGUUUUUCAUAAACCGAACAUAUGGACCUACUUCCGCACACUUGACUGCUUUCAAGGUAAGCAUUAGGAUAUAUGUACUAUUGCAAUGUUUUCCUCUCUUUAAUCGCUAUCCAUUUCUGCAUUGGUACUGAAUAAGUUGAGAUUAGCCAAGUAAUGUUCACCAUAAUUAGUUAAAUGAUUAUUACGAAGUAAGGUACGUGUAUUGUAUUUGACGGAAAGUGAGAUAUUUAAUGUUUUUUUUGUAACACCAUAUGUGUUCACUUCUUAAUUGAUAGCUGAGACAUAAUCUUGCUGGUAGCUCAAAUAUCCUCGAGAAAUAGUAUUCAACCUUAGAUCUAGGUUCAAACUUCUUGACUAACUCUGUUUCUUGCUAUUUUGCUGGCAGACAGCCUGAAAGUUUCAAUGAGUUGGCUCUUGAUCUCCUACAAAAUUCCUCAAGUGCAGGCUAUGCAACGUCGGACGGCAUUGUGCUCGUCGGGGCGCGAAUGUGUUUCUGGCGGCCCCCUGUUUGUUGCCUGGUAGAAGAGCUGCAGGUAAUAACGCCGCCCCAAGGUUUAAAUUCUGUAGAUAAAGAGUGCUCUUGCAAGUGCUGAGGCCAUGAAAGCUUAAUGAUGCAGAUGGAUUUAUCCAGUUGCAGAUGGAAAACCACGAUGUAUCUGGGCUUAGCUUCAAAACCCACCCCAAUAUCAACAAGGAGUUGUUUAACAGCCAGCAAAUUGUUGGAGCAAAAGAUCCAAACAGGCGUUUCCCAAGUGGUCAAAAUGAAACACUGCUUGUAAAAUGCAUGGAGAAUCUCAGUUAACUGCUGGCGGUCCGUAUCUGGAAAUGAAACCCAUGUCAACAUUGAAUAUGAGGUUUCUGAGAUGUUUGACCUGAACAAUGUUGUCAUAUCUAUUCCUCUACCUGCACUUCGUGAGGCUCCAACCGGUAAACAGAUUGAUGGAGAGUGGAAGGACAAAAGAGCCAAGCCAGAUGAGAAGGUUAAAAAAAUGUGCAUGGUUACCAGAUCUUUGUAACUUUCGCUAUUUCAGUUUCUACGACAAUAAAUGGAAAUGUUGGUUAAUAUUAGGUUCUCCUUAGAAUUGUGCUUCUGGUCUAAACCAAGUUGCUUUGGAUAUAGUUGCACUAACAUUAUAACCUGUAGAAGUCUUGUAUAGAAGAGAUUUUAUGGUUGCUUAAUUCUGAAGCCACAUUGAGUAAUUAUUUGUGAUGCAUUCAUGGUUAGCAAACAUAAUCUGGCCAAUGCUUUAAUGUUUAUGUUGUGACAUGACAAUGAGAUGCUAAUGGUCAUGUUUGGAUGCC